ACGGCUGAAUUUCCCAAAUCCCCAACUACCUCUCCACUCCACACUCACCCCUUCCUCCCAAAAUUAUGUCUUCCUCCACCGUCCCCGCCUGCAGCGAACAACCGCCACCCCUAAUACCGUCGAUCUCAGACGACGUCGCUCUGAACUGCCUUGCCCGAGUCCCUCGGUCCCUCCACCCAACCCUAUCCGUCGUCUCCAAACCAAUCCGGUCCCUUCUCUCUUCCCCUCUCUUCUUUACCGCACGCUCUCUCCUACAGUCCACUGAACCCCUCCUCUACCUCUCUAUCCGAUCUCCUCUCUCUCCUUCCCUCUGGUUCUCUCUCGGCCGCACAAAUGACCAAGACUACCCUCGCUCCCUUGUCCCGGUCCCACCUGCCCCCUCCUCUUCCGUGGGCUCCUCUUAUGCCGCCCUGGGCUCCACUAUCUACGUCCUCGGUGGGUCCACCAACGAUGUUCCUACCUCUCGCGUCUGGGCCCUCGACUGCCGCUUCAACAAGUGGCUGCCCGCCACCAGCAUGCGCGUCGGGCGCGAGUUCUCCGCAGCGGGAGUCGUGGACGGCAGAAUCUACGUCAUGGGUGGGUGCGUGGUAGACACGUGGGCCCGUUCGACUCACUGGGCCGAGGCGUUCGACCCUAGGACCGAGAAGUGGGAAGCGGUGCCGAGCCCGAUAGAGAUCCGGGACAAGUGGAUGCACGCGAGUGCGGUAGUGGACGGGAAGAUCUACGCGAUGGCGGACCGUGGUGGGAUCGUUUACGACCCGAGAAACGGGAAGUGGGAAAGCGUGGAGAGCGAGCUGGACUUGGGGUGGAGAGGGAGGGCUUGCGUUGUGGAUGGGGUUUUGUUCUGCUACGACUUCUUGGGGAAGAUUCGGGGGUUCGAUGGGAGGGAAAAGGAGUGGAGGGAGCUGAGAGGAGUGGAGAAUGGGCUGCCCAAGUUUCUGUGCGGCGCGACGAUGGCCAAUGUGGGUGGGAAUCUGGUGGUGGUGUGGGAAGAGAAGGGAAGGGGCAGGGGGAAAGAGAUGGAGAUUUGGUGUGCGGAGAUUGGGGUGGAGAAGAGGCAGGAUGGUCGAGAGCUGUGGGGGAAGAUUGGGUGGGUGGAGAAGGUUCGGUCCGUUCCCAGUGGGUCGUCCAUCGUGCACUGCGUGGCUGUUUCCGUGUGAUAUAAAGGUUCUAUAUUCUUCCUUCUCUGUUCUCCAGUAUCCAAUCCUUGUGUGGGAGUAGCAAGAGCCACAUGAUUCUAUCAUUAAGCUGUCAUCUACACUAGCUGCUACUGCAAUCUUAUGGAAGUCUUGGGAAAAGUUCCUUCUGAUUCAUGUCAGGUCAUUUGCUUAAAACCAUUUCAUGAUUAAAAAUAACAAGAAUUGCUCAAAGUGUACUCUAUGCACUACUAUUCUCCAUAUAAUGGGCACUUUCAAUGGCCGUGUCAAACUUAUGCAUUUGCAUAUAAGUUCCAAGUUAUCCCAGUUGUCAUCUUUCGAGGGCUUUCUGUAACAAAUUUCAGUGUAUAAUGAAUGUCAAACUCAUGAAAUUACUUUCUGAA